CCCUCCGACGCCGAAGAUCCCGCCCCUCCCUCCCCGGCGAAGCCCGAUUCCCCAUCUCCGCCGCCGCCGCCGCCGAAAUCCGCCGCCGCCUUCCCCGGCCGCGAGGAUUGCUGGUCGGAGGAGGCGACGCGGACCCUGAUCGACGCGUGGGGGGCCCACUACCUCGCCCUGAACCGCGGCAAUCUCCGGCAGCAGCAGUGGCGCGAGGUCGCCGACGCCGUCAACGCCGCCCACGCCGCCAAGCUCCGCCGCUCCGACGUCCAGUGCAAAAACCGCAUCGACACCACCAAGAAGAAGUACAAGAUCGAGAAGGCCAAAUCCGUCCAAUCCAACGGCCGCUACGCCUCCUCCUGGCCCCACUUCCGCAGCCUCGACGCCCUCAUCGGCGACUCCUUCUCCAAAUCCGCCGCCGCCGCCGGCGGAAACAGAAGCCACCGCCGGAAAAUCUCCCCGCCGCCGGAGAUCUCCCCGUCUCCGUCGCCGUCGCCGUCGCCGGAGCCGAUCUCCGGCCACCGGAAAAUCUCGCCGGCGGUUAACCGGAGCCCCCUCCUGCGGCUCCCGUGGUCGGUGCCGGUGGGGCCCAGGUCGAAGCGGUCGGGCCCCGGCGGCGGCGUCACGGAGCGCAACUUCUCCGUGAUGGCGGCCGCCGCGGCCGCGAUGGAGGCCGGCCGGGGCGAGGAGGAGUACGGCGACAGCGGCCAGCGUCCGUCGCCGGCCGCGGCCAAGAGGAGGAAGAAGGCCGUAACGGAGAGGCGGGACGGGUACCGGAUGCUGGCGGCCGCGAUAAUGAGCCUGGGCGAGACCUAUGAGAAAGUUGAGGUUGCGAAGCAGAGGCAGAUGGUGGAGUUUGAGAAGCAGAGGAUGCAGUUUGCUAAGGAUUUGGAGCUUCUUAGAGCUCAGACAGUUAAUUGGAGAAGUUGGAGGAAGAUUUGGCAAAGUGAUGGUCUGAUCCUUUUGGAAAAUACAAGUAGCUUGGUAGUAGUAGCUAAUAUACGUACAGGUUUUGCUAAUUUUAGAUUAUAAUCUAUAAUUACUGGGUAUGAUGAAACUAUGUUGGUGGAAUACUUUUGUGACAGUGGUAAACUGUGAAAUGUUUUUUUUUUGUGUUAACUUAGUCCACUGGAAUAUUUAUAUUGUAAUGAAAGCUACGUAUGGUUUCGAUA